GCGUAAGUUUGCAACAUGGCAUCGCCGCCGUCAGCCGACCUGUUCGUGCCGUACCUGUAUGUCCCGAGCGAAGACAGUCAGCAUGUGGAGAUCGUGAGUCCGUGGGGAAGCCUGAAGGUGCCUAUCCCCCUCACGCAGUUCUACGGCGUGGCCAUAGCCGUCGCCGCGGUGCUGCUCAGCAUCCUCGUCAGAUUCUGUGGCCGAUCCAACGAGUUGGUCGACGACGACGACGACGAGACUCCCGAGUCUGUCAUCGAACAGACUUAUGCCAAGAAGAAGGCAAAGAAGUCGGCGAAGAAGGCGAGCAGCACCCCCGACGCUUCCGACGACGACUCGAAGGCCAAGUCGGCGCUGGAAGACAACAUCCUUCGCAACGGCACCAACAGCUACUACUACGCCCACAAACCGCGCGAGAUCUCGACCGAGCCCACCCACGUCCGCCAAGUGAUUUCAACCUACGGGUGGUCCGACGCCACCAAGACCGUCACGAUCUACGUCAACCAUCCCGACGCCGGGUCUCUCUCCAAGGACAAGAUCCACAUGAAGUGGACGCCAACAUCGUUGAGCUUGGACAUUACGUUUGAAGGCGAAGACGUCCGAUCGCUGGUCAUUCCGACGCUGUACGCCGAGAUCGGCGAUGUCAAGUACAAGGCCAAGAAGGACGCGAUUGCAUUUGUGUUGCUCAAGAAGGAUCCCCAGAUCACGUGGAAGUCGCUCAACGGCGCCGCCAAGAACAUCGACGACCACAUCCAGUACGACGACAGCUUGUACGACUAGCUCGGUUAAAAAGACCUGCUCCAUCGAUUGAGAAGUCAUUUACUACCUGGACAUACAAACGUGUCUAUAAGACUGGGAUAACCCUGAGAUACAGUAUACUAUCAAGUGCAUGCUGC